AUCGCCCGGCGAUAAAUGUGAUAUAUGGUUACCGUUUAUUGAAUGUUCCCAGUAAUAUGAUUCGAAUCAUUCGAUCAUUGACAGACGUCUAUUGCAAAAACAUAAUGAUGUAAGAAUUAUUUGCUGAAUCUCUUGCUGUUUCAAAAUCACACCGCGCACGUCCAGAGUUUUGCUGUUGAGAAAAUUUGUCUUUUUAGAAUCAUUUAAACUAUUAGCGAAGAUUAACGAAAUGUUGUUGGAAGGUUUAUUUGUCUGCGGUCGAGAAGACGCAAUUCCAUUAAAAAGUCUUUCCGUACGAGCGUUUCUUCAAGGUUAUGUUGUUGGCUUUCGUUCAACGUUGACCUACGAAAACAAAACAUCAAACCCGCUCGAAGUCUUCUUCCGUACGCCUGUCGAUGACUCGUAUGCUGUUGUCGGUUUGGAAGCUAUUAUCGAUGGUAGAAAGAUCCAAGCUAAAGUACAAGAGAAAGAAAAAGCGAAAGAAAUGUACAAGGAAGCAAUAUCACAAGGAAAGACAGCUGCGUUUGGAGAAGAAAAGAAAGGUGAUAUAUUUAGUUUGGUGCUGGGAAACCUUCCCCCAGGUGAGAAUGCUGUGUUGCAACUAACCAUGGUGGGUGAGCUUGCUGUUGAACCUGAUGGUGCUGUGAGGUUUGUUCUGCCAACAGUUCUGAAACCACGGUACACACCCCUUGGAAGCAAAGACCCCCUUGCACCAGAAACGUCUACUUCAGGAAGUGCCACAGUACACCAUGCAACAGGACCACAAAUAUAUGAAUUUGAGAUGGUGAUAAAUGGUGCUCCUAGCAUUGCCGAAGUAACAUCUCCAUCUCAUCAGCUUCAUGUUGAGUACACUGGUCAGAAUAUUAAUGUUUGUUUGGCUCAAGAAAAACAGACUGAUAUUGUGAUACUGAUUCGAUCAAAAGAAGUACACAAACCUUUGGUAAUGGUUGAACCUGGUAUGUUGAAUGGUGAAAAUGAUUUCCAGAAAAGCCCAGCAGUUAUGGUCAGUUUCUUCCCCGAAUUCAAAGGUGACAGUUCUUGCCUCCAAGCUGCUUGUGAGUUUGUGUUUGUGGUUGAUCGUAGUGGAAGCAUGGCAGGGGCCUAUAUCAGAGAUGCUGCACAAACCCUCUUGCUUUUCCUAAAGAGUAUCCGUGAAGGCUGUUAUUUCAAUGUGAUUGGUUUUGGAAGUCAAUAUGAGAAGCUAUUUCCUGAGAGCGUUCCUUAUGACCAGAAAAAUCUGGAAAAAGCAGUGCAACAUGCAGAAAACCUUCAAGCAGACCUUGGUGGUACGGAGUUGUUUGACCCUCUAAAAUAUAUUUACAGCCAUGACCCAAUGAAAGGCUUACCUAGGCAAGUUUUUGUUCUCACUGAUGGAAGUGUCAGUAAUACAGAAUCAGUAAUCAAACUUGUUGCAAAUAAUUCAACUAACUCAAGAUGUUUCUCUUUUGGUAUUGGCUCUGGAGCAUCAAGCACACUUGUGAAAGGAAUUGCAGAAGCAGGAAAAGGUGCUGCAGAAUUCAUCACUUCAGGAGAGAGAAUGCAAGCCAAGGUUAUCAGAUCUUUAAAGAAAGCCAUGCAACCAGCAGUUACCAACACCCAAGUCUCAUACACUACUCCUGCUGGUGUGACAGUUACUUCUGUACCAAAAGGGUCUCUUCCAGCAAUUUUUAUUGGAGAGCGUUUGAUAGUUUAUGCCAUCCUUCAUCACAGUUCACCUUCUUCUGAAACACAAGAAGGAACGGUUUGCCUGACUGGUGAUUUACUCGGGGCAAAGGUUGAACACAACAUGAGAUUUCAAGUUCCACUGGCGGUGACGAAAGACAACAUGUCCCAGGUGUCAACCAUUCAUCAUCUUGCUGCUAAAAGAUCCAUCAAGGAAAUGGAAUCGAGCAAUGACAGCAGUCCAGAAAUAAUCCAGCUCAGUUGUGAUUCAAAUGUGAUAUCUUCCCAAACAGCAUUUAUCGCCAUUGAUGAAGAAAGAAAGGAGGCGGUGAAAGGAAGCCUGCAAACCUGGGAUAUUCUGCCUGAUGAACAUCACAUGGUGACGUCUUGUUACAAGCCAAGGAAACUUUGUUCUGUGGUCUCCCGCCCUGUGAAUGAUUCAUGCGUUUACGGGGAGUCUAAUACAAAGCGGCUUUUUAAAUGUUCCAGGCCUAUUUAUUCCCGGGCAACUUUAUCCCGGGCAGAAUCAGAACAAUUCUCCAUACCUACUAUCCAAGGAACAACUCAUUUCCCGCCCUUACCCCGUAGGCGUAUGGUGGUUACCCGCUUCUCAGAGUCUCCCUGUCCCCCUCCCCCUCAAAUGGCUAUGGACGAGACGCGUUCUUCAGAGUCAACUGCCAACUGUUCUCGUUCUUCUAGUUCCUUUGAGUCCCCUCCUCCCCUUCCUCCCCGUUCUCGUUCCUCUCAUUCCCCUCCUCGUUCUUCAGAGUCAACUGCAACAGAGACUCCACUGGCAACAAUCAUCAGCCUUCAGCUCGCCAGUGGUGCGUGGAAAAUGUCAACAUUCCUGAGGGAUGUUAUCUCUAAAACCACAGAAGAGAUAAAAGAUGCGUGUCCAGUGUCUUGUGAAGGUGAUAUGGAGUCAAUCUGGGCGACAAUUAUUGUCUUGACGUAUCUGCAACUUCGCCAGUCAAAUUUCAAAAAUGAAUGGGAGUUGAUUGCCCUCAAGGCUGAAACAUGGCUGACAAAACAAAGUCCUCCUCAAAGAUCUUCCAUGCAAGAUUUACGAGAAAAAGCUGAAGCAUUUCUUUCUUAACUUACAAAAUUACAAUAAAAAACGCUUAUAAAUAAUCUGACGGACAUACAUAUGAACAAAUCGAAAUAGUGUAGUAUGAAAAAUGAAUAAUUUUGUAAUGUAAUUAAAAUUUAUAUUAAUACGAUGUAACACUGUUUUAUACUAGAAGGAAACCUAUACUUAUAUACCUCUUAUAUAGGUCAGUGGAUGUAAGCAACCAGUUUUAAUCAUGGAAUCCUGUAGUGUAUUUCAUAUUAUAGUAUUAUUUAUAAUAUAAUC